AAGAAGUUACUUUUCAAAAAACUCAAAUUCAAAUAGAAAAUAAUAAUGUUUUUAAUCAAAAUUAUCAUAAUACAAGUGAAUCAGUAAAUAAAUUGAAUUUGAAAAAAGAGAAUUUUAUUGAUAAUGAACAAUUGAAGGAAUCUGAUUGGUUCUCAAAUAUUCCACUUUUGCCAAUAGCGAUUGCCACAUCAAAUUCAAUUCCUGAUGGUCCAUGCAAAAGGCAAUUACAUUUAUAUUUAAAUCAUUUAAAAAAUGGGACAUUAUGGGCUGUCGAAAUGUUUGAUUCGUCAGCCAAAUAUCCUUAUGGGAUAUUUGAUGGCCUUAAUCGAUACUUGGGAAGCUUCGAUCAAUGCAAUCGAAUUGAAACAAUUGUCUGGAACGAGAAGAAUGAUAAAUUUGAGAAAAUUCGCAGUAAAUAUUGUUUGGUGGACAUAAAGUAUCAAAAAAAUACUGAAACAACAAAUUUUACUGGAAGAAAAAAUAAUUUUGCAUUCGAUUCUCAAGCAUCAGCUUGGGAAGCAGUACAAGAAACAUUAAAUGUUGGACGUUAUGAAAGGAACGUUUUGCAAAUAGCAUUGUGUUUUCCUGCAAAAUGUCGCACGAAUGAUAUUAUUGCCGCUUUGAAAGAGCCCUUAAAAAAGUUCAAUGAAGAAUACAAUCUAAAAAUUCAGGCAACAAUUCGUCCUGAAUAUUGUCAUGCAAAUCACGAGAUUUCUAAAUUCUCUAAUUACGAUAAGGCCUAUUGGUAUGUAGUUUAA